UCUUUCCAUGUCUCCAGAGGGAGGCCAGUCCUGCCAGCAUGAGCUCCUCGCUCUCCUGACGGGUGUUCAGGUGCCUCCCCCCACACACAGUGCUCUGUCCUCAGCUUCAUCUUCUUGCCCCAGUCCAGCAGCACGGGGUGACUUCAUCUUGCACAUCCUUCUCAUGUGACACCUGAAAUGCUGCUAUUGCUGGCAACGAGUGCAGAUCCCUGCUUUCCCUUUUGGCAGCCCCCUCAGAGGGGGAAGAAGGGAUCCUGAUGUCCCAGCCUGAGGGCAGCGGGCCAGCAUCCCUGCAGUGCGUGGAGAGACCAUUGCAGCAAAAGGCCAAAGGCUGCCCCAAGCACAGAGAGCUGCAGGAAGUGUGAGGGAUCAAGUUCCACCUUGCAGGAGGCUGAGCACGGAGCUGGACAGGUUCAGGAAUGCCUGGUGAGGUGCAGCAGGCUCUAGAGCAGGCCUCUGCUUCCAGCCAGGGCAGAGCAGGCCUCUGCUUCCAGCCAGGGCAGCCACUGAGGGGCUCCUCAGCACCUCGGCAGCCCCAGGCCGGAGCUGGGAGCAGGGCCCUGCCCAAACGCCGUUUUUGCAGGAGCUCCUGACAGCUGAGUCACAGCCUAAUGACAGCCCUGGGACCGAGCUGUCCCCAGCUGGGGAGCUGCCCCUCCUCCGGGGUCACCAGCAGGAAAAUUACUGGGUACAAUCAGCUGCGCUGGCUCUGCAGAUAAAGGGAGGACUUCAGUCCAGGAAGGGAUUGCCAGCAGCUCUGCUCUUCCCUGGAUGUCUCUGGAGCCUCCAGCAGCAGCUGCAGCAUCAAAGGAAGCUCCUCAGAUGUACUGAACACUCCAUGGGUUGUACCAAUGCCUUUUUGGGGCUACCUAAAAACAAAGGCCAGAAAAAAUUAAGGGACAGCCCAGCCCUCAGGGACCAAACCCCAGCCCCAUCCUCCUGGCCAGCGUGGAAACCACCAGGGAAUCAAGGCACGGACCUCGGGCUGUCCUGCCACGCUGCUGCAAAGAAAAACUCCCACCAGGAGGGUGAAAGGAGCAGGCAAGCAGGAGGAGGAUGGCAGAAAUGGAGCUGAGUAAGAAGUGCCCCCUGGUGAAUGGCAGGGGUGCAGGAAGUCAGGACAGCACGUGGACCCUUCCCAACUUGCCCAGUAAGUGCACAUGGACAGCCACAACGCCUGCCAGCAAGUCUCCACACUCCUGUGUUCCCUUGACAGAAGAAAAGAAGAUCUUGCCCAAUAUCCUCAAGAAAAUUGGCUGCACCCCAAUGGUCCAAAUCAACAAGAUUGGGAAGUCCUAUGGGCUCAAGUGUGAGCUCUUGGCAAAAUGUGAGUACUUCAACGCAGGGGGCAGCGUGAAGGACCGCAUCGGCCUCAGGAUGGUGGAGGACGCAGAGAGAGCUGGGAUUAUCAAACCAGGAGACACCCUGAUUGAACCCACUUCAGGAAACACAGGAAUUGGGCUGGCACUGGUGGCUGCAUUGAAGGGUUACCGCUGCAUCAUCGUCUUGCCAGAGAAAAUGAGCUUGGAGAAGGUCGAUAUUCUGAAGGCACUGGGUGCUGAAAUCGUGAGGACGCCGUGCACCCGCUUUGAUGCCCCCGAGUCCAACAUCCGUAUUGCCUGGAAGCUGCAAAGUGAAAUCCCAAACUCUCACAUCCUGGACCAGUACCGAAAUCCGAGCAACCCCCUGGCUCAUUACGACACCACGGCCGAGGAGAUCCUGGAGCAGUGUGAAGGCAAGGUCCACAUGGUGGUGAUUGGGUCUGGCACAGGAGGAACCAUCACUGGUGUUGCCAGGAAGCUGAAGGAGAAGUGCCCAGAGUGCAAGAUCAUUGGCGUGGACCCCGACGGCUCCAUCGUCGCUCUGCCCAGUGAGAUGAACAAGACCAACACCACAACCAUCGAGGUGGAGGGCAUUGGGCACGACUUCAUCCCCACUGUCCUCGACAGAUCCGUGGUCGAUCAGUGGUACAAAAGCAACGACAGAGACUCGUUCCUCAUGUCCCGCAGGUUGAUCAGAGAGGAGGGGUUAUUGUGUGGGGGCAGCUCGGGCAGUGCCAUGUCCGUGGCUGUGAGAGCUGCCAAGGACUUGAAGGAAGGUCAGCGCUGCGUUGUCAUCCUGCCCGACUCCGUCCGGAACUACAUGUCCAAAUUUGUGAAUGAUAAGUGGAUGAUAAAAAAUGGGUUCCUAAAUGACGCCCAGGAGCACAAGCCUUGGUGGUGGAACAUCAAGGUGCAGAAACUGAAUCUCUCGGCCCCUCUCAUUCUCCUCCCAGAAGUCAGCUGUGAAAAGGCAAUUGAGAUCCUCCAGGAGAAGGGAUAUGACCAAGCUCCUGUUGUUGCUGAGUCAGGGCUUAUUUUGGGGAUGGUGACCCUCAGCAACACCCUGAGCUCUGUGCUGGCUGGAAACGUGGAGUUCUCAGACCCUGUCACCAAGGUCACCUACGACCAGUUCUCCAAGAUCGGCCUGGAGGACAGCCUUGGGAAGCUUUCCUGCAUCCUGGAGAACGACCACUUUGCUAUCGUUGUACACGAGCAAAUGCAGUUCAGUGGAAAUGGCAGCUCCUCCAUGAAGCAGACGGUGUUUGGUGUGGUCACAGCCAUGGACCUCCUCACCUUUGUCAGCAGGAAUGACAAGAAGUAGCAGAGCAGCUGCUCCAGCAGGUCCAGGUGUGCCCCUGAGCCCAAACCACCUGGCCAAGGGAGCCUCUGGCCCAAUCCAGCCAAUGGUUUCUCAAAAUGCUUAGGAGAAAAUUGUGAUGUAUUGUAUUUGUCUGCCAAAUGCCACCCACAGUAUUACUGAAGAAAUUGUGUUUAACAGCCAUGUGUGCUCACAUGGAGUUUCCCAGGGCUGGGCAUGGAAUGUGGAUGGAAAGGGGAUGGUUGUUCCUGCCCAGAUUUUAGCAGGAGGAGCUUUGGUGAGUUUGCCAGCUGCAGGUACCUGUGCACUGCCUGUGUUGCAGCUGCUGAGGGUUUUGCUGAUCCCUGGGGACCAGAGCCCUUUUCUGCCACAAGAGCAGCAGGGCUGGGGGCAAGUCACGGCACUGCUGCACCCUUCUGCCCCUCUCUGCCCACGCCAGGCAGGGCUGAGGCACCCCCAGGAGCCAUUCCUCCUCACCCCUGGGGAUGUUUGCCUCCAAGAAGGCAGCAGGAGAGUGUGGAGGCUUAACUUCUUUUUGCCAGGGUCGGGAUUAAAUGUAUGAGAUGGUAUUUCUUGUUUGGACUCAGAUGUUUAUUAAUUCUUAUCCAUGUUACAGUCUCACAGACCCUGAGUUCUGCAGCACUCCACUCUAACACACUAAAAAUGCAGCCCCGUCUCUCUCUGUACGAGGCCUUUUAAGGAUAAACUGUCCAAUUAAGAAAUGACACCUUAAUUAUUUUUACUUUUAACCCAAUAACCAACCACCUGUGCCCAGAAUUGGGAUUUUUUUUAUCCAAUUACACAAAACCACCCAAAUCCAUAGAGAAGGAGGUGAAGAAGAAGGACCAGCCUCCACCCUAAAACCUCCAUCUUGCUUUAUAUAUAUUACUGUAUUCUAAACCAUUAAACUCUGUGUUUUCCACCCUGUGAUAU